GCUUCGGGCGGCGCGGGAAGGAGGGGCGGCUGGCCGGGCGAGCAGGGCGGGCUGCCUUGCCUUCCUCUCUCUCCUCUCCUCUCUCCCUUCCUUCCUUCCUUCCCUUCUUCCUUCGAGGGAGCCGGAUCCGCGGGGAUGGGCUGUGCUCCGCGCCGGGGGAAGGGGCGCCCGGCCUGGGGCCCCCUCGGCGCCCUCGCCCUCGACGCCGCCGCCUCCCUCCUCCUCCUCCUCCUCCUCCUCGGGGUGAGCCAUGCAUCCCAGCGGCCGGAGGAGUCCUCCUUCCCAGAAGACACCGAGUCGGAGGCGGUGCGGAGGCGCUGGAGGAGCUACGCCGACUUCUCUGACGAUGAGGACCUGCUGGCGGACGAAGCCUCUGGAGAUGGUUACGGAAGCGGAGAGAAUGGCAGUGGGACUGUCUCUCCCGAGAAGCCCCUUCCUUCCACCCCUUUCCCCACAGACCCUCCGUUCUUCCCUCCUUCUCUCCCUCCUCCUCCUCCUCUUCCUCCGGCCGGCAUGACCUCCGAAACGGACGAGGACUCCCCGCUCAUCUACUUCCGGGCGCUGGUGAACUUCACCCGCUCCAUCGACUACAGUUCGCGGCUGGAUGACGUCAACUCCGAAGAGUUCCGGGACGUCUCCGAAGCGGUGGUGGACACGCUGGAAUCUGAAUACUACAAGAUCCCCGGGGAGCAAGUGGUCAGCGUGGUCUUCAUCAAGGAGAUUGACGGCGACGUCUUUGUGGAGCUGGACGUGGGCUCCGAGGGCAACGCGGAGGAGGGACAGAUCCGGGAGGUGCUCUUCGGCGUCAUCCGCAGCGGCUCCAUCGCCUCCUACGUCACCUCCGUCGACGGAUUCCGAUUCCGGAGGCUGGGAGCAGCCCAAACCCCGCCUCCCCCUGUUUCGCCUGAGCCUCCGGUUCACCCGGACCUACGGGCCUGCACCUCGGAGGAGUUCACCUGCCGCAGCAGCAGAGAAUGCAUCCCAAGGGAGUUCCUCUGCGACCGCCGGCCGGACUGCCGUGACACCUCUGACGAGACAGACUGUGCCGAACCGACGCCGCCCGAGUGCUUGGAGGAUGAGUUUGCCUGCGACAGCGGGGAAUGCAUCCGCCGAUUGUACCGCUGCGAUGGGCAGCCAGACUGCGGGGAUGCCUCCGACGAAGAUGGUUGUGACCUGACGACCCCUCCGCCUGUGCGACCGGUCACUCCCCGGGUCCCGUCCAGCACGGCGUCCCCAGGGACCACCCGCCGGACCCCGGUGACUUCCACGGCCCGGGUGGUGACGCCCAAGCCCUCGCCGUCCCUGGAGCUGCGCCCAUGCCGGAAGGACGAGGCCGUCUGCCACAACAAGCAGUGCAUCCCACGGGAGUACGUCUGCGACGGGGAGCGGGACUGCCGCGACGGCAGCGACGAGCUCAACUGCGGGACGCCCACGCCUUGCGAACCCAACGAGUUCAAGUGCCGAAACGGCCACUGCGCCCUCAAACUCUGGCGCUGCGAUGGGGAUUUCGACUGCAUGGACGGGUCGGAUGAACUGGAUUGCCCCACGAAAGGCCCUGGAGACACGUGUGGCCCCGGACAGUUUGUCUGCGUCUCCACCCGCGACUGCAUCCCGGCCAGCUACCAGUGUGACGAAGAGCCCGACUGCCCCGACCGUUCGGACGAGAUCGGAUGCAUCCCUCCGCAAGUGGUCACUCCACCCGAGGAGCUGGUCCAGGCCUCUCCGGGCGACACGGUCCGCUUCUCCUGCGUGGCGGUCGGGGUGCCCACCCCCAUCAUCACCUGGAGGCUCAACUGGGGCCACAUCCCCAGCAACCGCAGAGUGUCCAUCUCCAGCGAGAACGGCCGGGGGACACUGGUCAUCCGGGACGUCAAGGAGGCCGACCAGGGCGCCUACACCUGCGAGGCCAUCAACGCCCGAGGAAUGGUCUUCGGCAUCCCCGACGGAGUGCUCAGCCUUACCACCGGGAGAGGGCCGUGCCCCGAAGGCCACUUCCACACGGAGCUGACUGGCCAGUGCCGUCCCUGCUUCUGCUUCGGCGUCUCCAAGGCCUGCCGCCACACCAGCCGCCACCGGGACCAGAUCCGCCUACGUUUCGACAUCCCAGACGAUUUCAAAGGUGUGAACGUGACCACUCCUUCCCAGCCCGGGUCGCCCCCGCUCUCCUCCACACAGCUCCAGAUCGACCCUCAUCUGCAGGAGUUCCAGCUGGUGGACCUCAGCCGCCGCUUCCUGGCCCAGGAUUCCUUCUGGACGCUUCCCGGGCAGUUCUUGGGCAACAAGGUGGACUCCUACGCCGGCUCCCUGCACUUCAAGGUGCGCUACGUCUUGGGCCGGGGCCAUUCGGAGCCCCUCCGGAAGCCCAGCGUGGUCCUCGUGGGCAACGGGCAACGUCUCCUCUACCGGGCCAUGGUGCCCACCCAGCCCAAUGUGGUCAACCAGCGGGAGGUCCGGUUCACCGAGGAGAACUGGGAGACGGAGUCGGGUUCGGCCGUGAGCCGGGAGGAGCUGCUGCUGGUCCUGCAGAACCUGGAGGCCCUCCUGGUGCAGACGGUGUACGACAACCGCAUGGCCAGCGUGGGGCUCAGUGACGUGGCCAUGGACACCACCUCCACCGAGGUCACCGGCCUGGGAGUAGCCCAAGGGGUUGAGGAGUGCAGGUGCCCCGUGGGCUACGCCGGCCUCUCCUGUGAGCGCUGCGCCCCGCAUUUCAAGCGCCUCCCUGGCACCCCGUACUUGGGCACCUGCUCUGGGUGCAGCUGCCACGGACACUCCAGCGCCUGCGACCCGGUCUCCGGAUACUGCCUGAACUGCCAACACAACACUGAGGGACCCCAAUGCAACAAGUGCAAGCCGGGCUUCUUUGGCGACGCCACCAAAGGCGGCCCCACGGCGUGCCUGCCUUGCCCGUGCCCCUACACCGAAGCCCCACGGAGGUUCUCCAGCACUUGCUUCUUGGACACGGACGGGCAGGCCACCUGCGACGCGUGUGCCGUGGGCUACACUGGGCGCCGCUGCGAGAGGUGUGCUCCUGGUUUUGAAGGCAACCCCAUCCAGCCUGGCGGGAAGUGCAUCAAGGCACCCGGGCAAGUGGUCGCCCGUUGUGACGUGCGGGGCAGCAGCGAGGUUUCGGACGGCGCUUGCCGGUGCAAGCCCAACGUCAUGGGCCGUUUCUGUGACGAAUGCGCGACGGGGACCUUCCACCUCAGCGACCGCAACCCGGAGGGCUGCCUGCGCUGCUUCUGCAUGGGGGUCUCGCGGCAGUGCGCCAGCUCCUCCUGGAGCAGGGACCAGGUGCGCGUGGCAUAUGAGGAGGCCGGAGGGCCCCGCUUCAGCCUCUCCAACGCGGCCGGCAACCGAACAGUCAGUGAGGGGCUCCGCUUCUCCGGACCCUCCGAACUCACCUUCUCCUCCUUCCACUCGUUGGCGCCGGACGUCUAUUUCUGGGUGCUGCCGGAGCGCUUCAAGGGAGACAAGGUGACCUCCUACGGAGGGGAGCUGCGCUACACCAUCAUUCACGACGCCUUCCCUGGAUCGCCUCUGUUGCGAGGCCAGCCGGACGUCCUGCUGCAAGGGAACGGCAUUUUCUUGGAACACAAGGCCGAUGCCACCCCUCUCCCCGGGACCCCAAUGACCUUCGCCGUGCCCUUCCGGGAGCAAGCCUGGCGCCGAGCCGACGGGCAGGACGCCACCCGCGAACACCUCCUGAUGGCUCUGGCCGGCAUCGACCUCUUCAUGAUCCGGGCCUCGUACUCUGAGCGGCCCUCGGAGAGCAGGAUAUCCGGCAUCCAGCUGGAUGUGGCGGUGCCGCACCGCACCGGCCGGGACCCUGCUGUGGAAGUGGAAGAAUGCACCUGCCCCCCUGGAUACCGCGGACCUUCCUGCCAGGACUGUGAUGUGGGCUACACCCGGACCACCAGCGGGCUCUACCUGGGCACCUGCGAGGCCUGUGAAUGUGGGGGGCACGCCACUGAAUGUGACCCAGAGACCGGAGAGUGCCAAAACUGCCAGCACAACACGGAAGGCCCCCGCUGCGACCGCUGCCGGCAGGGUUUCUAUGGCGACCCCCAACGAGGGACCCCCGGGUCCUGCCAGCCCUGCCCUUGCCACGGAGCCCUCCCCGCCGGCCAGGAGGCCAAGACCUGCUUCCUGGACUCGGACGGGCAGCCCACCUGCGACGCCUGCCCCACGGGAUCCCACGGCCGGCAGUGCGAACGGUGUGCUCCGGGUUACGUGGGAGACCCCAGCCGGGGCUAUCCGUGCACACGUUCCGGUUCGGGUCCGAGGUGCAACUGCGACCCUCAAGGCAGCCUCAGCAGCCAAUGCGAUGCCAAUGGUCAAUGCCAGUGCAAGGCUAACGUGGAGGGCCCCCAGUGCGACUCCUGCCGCCCGCACCACUUCCACCUGAGCGCCGAGAACCGGGAGGGCUGCCUGCCCUGCUUCUGCAUGGGGGUCACCCAGCAGUGCACCAGCUCCUCCUUCCACCGAGACACAGUCAGCACUCCCUUCUUCCCAGGGAACUUCCAGGGCUUUGCGCUGGUCAACCGACAGCACAGCGCCCGCGUCCAGACCGGCUUCACGGUGGAGAUGUCUCUUGAGGGGCCGCAGCUCUCCUUCGGCCGCUUUGGGCAACUGGGCCAGGAGGCCUACUACUGGCAGCUGCCUGACGCCUACCUGGGGGACAAGAAGGAGACCUAUUUCGCCCGGAUGCGACGGGCACACAAGAACUCCACCUCCUUCACGGAGGAGCAGCUGCGGAAGGACGUGGCCGCCGGACGGAUCCCCGGCUCCGAGGGCGGUCCAAGCAGGGCUCGUCGGGCCACGCAGGACCGGGAAACCCAAAGGAAGCAGGACGCAGAGGUUUGGGAGAUGCUCUCCAGCUUCGCCAAAGGGAGGGCCACCUCUCCCCACAAGGAGGGCCGCCCCCCAAAGGCCUCCCCCCCGGCCCCCCGGCCCCCUCCCCACGCCCCCCCACACGCCCCGGCCCCCCAGGCACAGGCCGCCAGGACACCCCUCGCCCUGGCCGCUGCCCCGGGCUCAUGGACACCCCAGACCCACCGCCAAGGCCUCUCCGUGAGCCGGGCCCAGGACCCCUCCGCCAACCGGCUUGCUCCCCCCCAGGACCCUUUGGGGGCUCCCUCCCAGCGCUGGCUCUUCUACAAGGGCUUCUCUCUCCUUCCGGAAGUUACUUUCUACUGGGAGCUGCCCAAGGCCUUCCUGGGGGACAAGGUCGGAUCCUACGGCGGGCGCCUUCGCUACACUCUGACCUACACCGCCGGGGGGAGAGGAACGCCGUUGCCGGACGCCGAUGUGCAAAUCACAGGGAACGACAUCACUUUGGUGGCGUACUUAUCUGAGCUGAGGCCCCGCGAACGCAAGACCUUCGAGGUCGUCUUCCGAGAGCAAUUCUGGAAGCGGCCUGACGGUCAGCCGGCCACCCGGGAGCACCUGAUGAUGGCCCUGGCUGACCUGGACGAGAUCCUCCUCCGGGCCACCUACUCGACGGACAUGCUCUCGGCGGGCAUUGCGGGCGUCUCCAUGGAGACAGCCGUGCCCAACUACACCAGCCUCCCGAGGGCUCUGGAGGUGGAAGAGUGCCGCUGCCCACCGGGGUAUCAGGGCCUCUCCUGCCAGGACUGUGCCCCCGGAUAUACACGCACCGGUGGAGGUCUCUACCUGGGUCAUUGUGCGCUGUGUGAAUGCAACGGACACUCCGAUUCCUGCCACCCGGAAACCGGGGCCUGUUCGAGCUGUUUGCACCAUUCGGACGGCGAAUUCUGCGAACGGUGUGCCCCCGGUUUCUACGGAGACGCUACGGCCGGGACCCCCGAGGACUGCCAGCCUUGCGCCUGCCCACUGCCCGAUCCAGAGAACCAGUUCUCCCGGACCUGCGAGAGCCUCGAAGGCGGAGGGUACCGCUGCACCGCCUGUGAACCGGGAUACACAGGACAAUACUGUGAACAGUGUGCCGCAGGUUAUGUGGGCAACCCCAACAUCCAUGGGCAGAAGUGUGUGCCCCUGGGUCAUCCUGGCCAGCCCCCACUCGUUGUGCAGGUCCACCCCCCACGGAUGGCCGUCUCUCAAGGCAGUGUGGUGUCCCUCCGCUGUCACGUCAGUGGGGCCCCUCCCCAUUAUUUCUAUUGGUCCCGGGAGGACGGGCGCCCUGUGCCAGGCACUGCCCAGCGCAAGCAUCAAGGUAUGGAGCUCUACUUUUCCAGCAUCCAACCCUCCGAAGCCGGCGUCUACAUCUGCACCUGCCGCAACCCGCAGUACUCCAACACCAGCCGGGCCGAGGUGGUUGUCACAGAGUCUCCUAGUAAGCCCAUCACGGUGACGGUGGAGGAGCAGAAAGUGCAGAGUGUCAAGGCUGGAGCCGACGUGACCUUUGUCUGCACUGCAAAGAGCAAGUCUCCGGCCUACACGUUGGUCUGGACGCGGCCCAACAACGGGAAGCUGCCCAGCCGGGCCAUGGACUUCAACGGCAUCCUGACCCUCCGCAACGUCCAGCCGGAGGACGCCGGGACGUACAUCUGCACGGGCUCCAACAUGUUCGACAUGGACGAAGGGGUGGCCACUCUCUACGUCCAAGCACCGUCCAAGACCCAGAUGUUCUAUGGACCCGUAGAAGUGGUGGAAGGCCACCGGCCCUCUGCAGCGGCUGUACCGCCGAUGGCCGUCAUUGAGCCUUCGCAGCUGAGCGUCCAGCCGGGACAGGCGGCCGAGUUCCGUUGCGUCGCCACCGGAAGCCCAGAACCCUCCCUGGAAUGGAUUGGGGGGCCGGGCGGCGUCAUUCCUCCCAGGGCCGUCAUCCGAGGCGGGAUCCUGCGCUUCCCGGUGGCCGAAUCCUCUGACGAGUCCCAGUACUUGUGCCGCGUGCGCAACAGCGCCGGUCAGCAUGUGGCCCGGGCCUUCUUGCAAGUACACAGCGCCACCGUCCCGCAGGUCCAGGUGAGUCCGGAGCGGACGCAGGUCCAGGAGGGCAGCACCGUCAGGCUCUACUGCCGGGCCGCCGGGUCCCCUGCCGCCACCAUCACCUGGGAGAAGCAAGGCGGGAGCCUCCCUCCGCAGGCUCUUCCUGUCUUUGGCUUCUUCCACGUCCAAGGGAUCAGCCUUGAGACCCUCCAGCAGCGGAUCCAGCAGAUCCAGCAGUCGCGUGCAGAGAGGACGGACAUUGCCACCCUGGUCAUCCCUUCCAUUACUGUUGCCGACGGAGGGGUCUACUUGUGUGUCGGGAGCAGCCCUGCCGGGGUCGGACGGGCCCGGAUUGAGGUGGCAGUCCAACGAGUGGCCGGGAUGUCGCCGACGGUCAAGAUCGACUCUUCGUCCUCCUCGGUGGUGGAAGGGCAGACCCUGGACCUGAACUGCAUUGUGUCCGGACAGAGCGCGGCCCCCGUCACCUGGUACCGGAGAGGGGCCGCCCUGCCCGCCAACCACCAGGUCUAUGGCCCCGUCCUGAGGAUCGUGGAAGUCUCUGCCUCAGACUCGGGCGAAUACGUCUGCCGCGUCAGCAACGGAGCGGGCCCCAAGGAGGCCUCGAUCACUGUAAUUGUGCAUCACGGAGGCUCUUCCGCACACGGCAACCCUCCUGUCAGGAUUGAAUCUGCUUCGCCGUCCAUCACCGAAGGGCAGGCCUUGGACCUGAACUGCCUGGUGGCCGGCCAGUCACGGCCCAGGGUCGUCUGGUACAAGCGCGGCGGGUCGCUCUCGCCCAAUCACAAGAUUUCAGGCUCUCACCUGCGGAUCCCUGGGGCCACGGCGGCCGACUCGGGAGAAUAUGUGUGCCGGGCAAGUGGAGCCGACAGCGUGGUUCAAGAGGCCUCCAUUGUGGUCACCAUCUACAGCACUUCCCAAACCUCGGGUGUCACUCCUCCGCUGCGGAUCGAGUCCUCCUCGCCGUCCGUCAUGGAAGGCCAGGCCCUGGAGCUCAAUUGCGUGGUGGCCGGGCGGGCGGAGGCCACUGUCACGUGGUACAAGCGCGGAGGAGCCCUCCCUCCUGGGCACCAGGUCUCUGGCUCCCGCCUCCGCAUCCCGCAGGCCUCCCUCUCGGACUCGGGCGAGUACAUCUGCCGCGUGAGCAUGGACUCCAUCGUCCGGGAAACUUCCGUCCUGGUCUCCACCGCUGGUUCAUCACCCGCCUUGAGCAUCACUCCUUCCCUGCGGAUUGAGUCCUCCUCCCCGCACGUGGCCGAAGGGAAGACCCUGGAGCUGGACUGCCUCACCGCCCGCAACGAGCAGGCCUCCAUCUCAUGGUUCCGGCGAGGGGCACCCCUGCCCACCCACCACCAGGCCUUUGGGUCCCGCCUGCGUUUGGUCCGUGUCACUGCGGCCGAUUCGGGGGAAUACGUUUGCCGCGUCUCCUUCGAUACCAUGGGCACUCAGGAAGCCUCCGUGUUUGUCACCAUCCAUCACGACGGUGCCGAUGCUUUCCCGUCCGGAGUGACUCCGCCGGUGCGGAUCGAGUCCUCCUCGACUUCUCCAGCCGAGGGCCACACGUUGGACCUGAAGUGCAUCGUGGCUGGGCCCCUUUUGCAGUCCAGGGUGACGUGGUUCAAGCGGGGUGGGCCUCUUCCUGCCAGCCACCAGGUCUCGGGCUCCUUGCUGCGCAUCCCACAGGCCUCGGCGGCCGACUCCGGGGAAUACGUUUGCCAUGUCAGCAAUGGCAUGGUCACCCAUGAGGCCUCCCUGAUCGUCACCAUCCAGAGCGGGACGGACUCCUCCUACUCGGUGGGCGUCACCCCGCCGAUCCGCAUCGAGACCUCCUCGGCCUCCGUCGUGGAAGGCCAGACUCUGGACCUGAACUGCCUGGUGUCCGGUCAGUCCCAGGCCAGGACCCGGUGGUACAAGCGAGGGGGCGCCCUGCCGGUCAACAGCCAGGUCCUGGGGUCCCGCCUCCGGAUACUCCAAGUCACGGCGGCCGACUCGGGCGAAUACGUCUGCUACGUCAGCGAUGGGGCCACGCCGCUGGAGGCCUCGGUCGUCGUCAACAUCCCCAGCAGGGACGGCUCGCCUCCAGCGCAUGGGGCAGUCCCUCUGGUGCGGAUCGAGUCCUCGUCCGCGACGCUGGCCGAGGGGCAGAUGCUGGAGCUGAGCUGCAUCGUGGAAGGCCAGCCGCAGGCCACCAUCACCUGGUUCAAGCGAGGCGAGCCUCUCCCGCCCAACCACCAGGUCUCUGGCCACCGCCUGCGCAUCCCGCACGUCUCCUCGGCCAAUUCGGGAGAGUACGUCUGCCGGGUCAGUGGCCCUUCCGUCACCCAGGAGGCCACGCUAGUGGUCACCAUCCAGGACGGCCAGAGCCCUUUGCGCCCAUCUUCUGACUCGGUUCCCCCUCCGCGGAUUGAACCCUCGUCACCCUCUGUUGAGGAAGGGCAGUCCCUGGACCUCACCUGCGUGGCCCCGGGGCAGCCGCACGCCACGUUCACCUGGUAUCGCCGGGAAGGGGCCCUGCCUGCCGGUCAUCAGGUGUCCGGCGCUCGCUUGCGGCUCGUCCAGGUGACCCCAUCAGACUCCGGCGAAUACGUCUGCCGCGUGAGCAGCGGAUCCGGCCCAGCGCAGAUGGCUUCCUUCACGGUCUCCGUCUCGGCUAGUGUCAGCGCAGCGUCACGUUUCAAGAGCCCCAUCAUCUCCAUCGACCCGCACAGCACCGCCGUGCGCAAAGGUGCUGACGUCUCCUUCAAGUGCCGCAUCCACGACGGCGCCCAGCCCAUCGAGAUCAGCUGGAAGAUGCCCAACGACCGGCUGCAAGAGAACGUGAAGAUCAGCCCCAAUGGCUCCGUGAUCUCUGUCUCCAAGGCCCAGCCGGAGAACCAGGGCGCCUACCGCUGCAUCGCCUCCAACCGCUUUGGGAUCGCCAACAGCGUGGUCAACCUCAUGGUGCAAGGGCCCCCCACGGUCUCGGUGGUGCCGCAGGGCCCCAUCCGGAUGAAGGCGGGCCAGUCUGUGAGCCUGGACUGCUUGGGGUCGGGUGAGCCCCGGUCCCUGGUGCGCUGGAGCCGGGUGGGCGUCCGGCAGAAGGUGGAGCACCAGAGCGUCCUGCCGCUGGAGAGCCGGGCCGUGCUGCGGUUGUCGUCGGUCAAGGCGGAGGACGCCGGCACCUACGUCUGCCUGGCCCAGAACAGCCUGGGGACGGCGGAGGCGCAGGUGGAGGUCAGCGUGGAGGAGGCUGCCCACAGGAGACCCGGCGCCCCCGAGAUCCAGGCCAGCCCCACGCAGACCGUGGUGGCCGGACAGACGGCCAGGCUCCGCUGCCCCGCCACAGGCCACCCUACUCCGACCAUCCACUGGUCCAAGCUGAGGGCCCCCUUGCCCUGGCAGCACCGCAUUGUCAACGAGACCCUGGUCAUCCCUCGGGCGGCCCAGCAGGACUCCGGGCAGUACAUCUGCAACGCCACCAACGCCGCCGGGUCCACCGAGGCCUUCAUCGUGCUGGACGUGGAGACUCCGCCAUACGCCACUAUCCUCCCGGACGCGGCCUCGGUGCGGUCCGGCGACAUGGUGCAGCUUCAGUGCCUGGCCCACGGAACGCCCCCCCUGCGCUACCGGUGGAGCAAGGACGGCGACAGGCGGCUCCCGGGACACGCCGUGGUCCGCGAGGGGCUCCUGCACCUGGGGCCCAUCGUCCCCCGCGACUCGGGGGCCUACCGCUGCACCGUCAGCAACCGGGUGGGAGAGGGCGAGGCCCUGGCCCAGGUCCGGGUGCAAG